AUGAGUCUUUUGAGGUGUAAGCCAGCAAGCACUCUAAUAGAGGUGAAUGUGGAUCUGUGGCGUGAUAAUAAUCCUCUCCUAGAUGAUGCAGGUCAAUAUAGAAGAAUGAUUGGCAAGUUGAUCUAUCUUACUAUUACCUUUGCAGUGUUAGUACUGAGCAAAUUUAUGCAUAAACCUAGAGAGCUUCACUGGACUGCUGCUGUGAGGAUUUUAGCUUAUGUUAAAAGCUGUCCUGAAAAAAGAUUAUUAUAUAAGAAACAUGAACAUUUACACAUCUUUGUCUUUUCUGAUGCUGGGUAUGCGGGAGACAUAGGAGAUAGGAAGUCUACUUUUGGAUUUUGCACCUUUAUUGGAGGAAAUCUGGUUAUUUGGAGGAGCAAGAAACAAUCUCGAUCUAGUGCAGAGGCAGAAUACAGAGCUAUAGCUCAUACUGCAUGUGAGAUGAUAUGGUUGCAGAAGUUGUUGACAAAGCUUAGUUUUACUGGACCUAUGCCUAUGCAUUGUGAUAACCAGUCCGCUAUCUAUAUUGCAAAGAAUCCAGUAUUUCAUGAGAGAAUUAAGCACAUUGAAGUUGAUUGUAAUUUUGUUAGAGAUGUUUGGGGAAAAAAAGCGAUCUCUCUUUAG